GAUAAUAUUUUAUAUUAUGCUUUCAUCCAAGGUAACUUACCUGGGUCUAUGUCUGCAUUUUCAGGUAUCUACACCUCCAGAACAACCACGCAGCAGAUGACAACCAUGAUGACAAGCUGUGGAAAAUGUGCUGGUUUCUAAAUUACCUCCUUACCCAAUUCCAGGCACUGUAUGAGGUAGAUGGCAAGGUGUCUGUGGAUGAUGGCAUGAUUCAAAGGGCGUCUCUCCCUCAGGUAGUACCUCCCCAUGAAGCCGACAAAAUGGGGUGUCAAGGUAUGGGUAAUCGCAGAGAGCUUCACAGGUUACGUGACCAACUUCCAGGUCUAUGCUGGUCGUGAAGGGUCUCGCACACCGCGUGGUAAUGGAUUUAGCCAGACCAUAUUACGGCUCUCACUUAUGGACAUUUUUUACACUGGGGUAAACCUCUUGGAGGAGAUGAAGACCCAUGGCCUGUACGCUUGCGGCACUGAUCGUGCCAACCGGGUGGGGACCAUGAAUCGAAGAAAAGACAGAGCCAACCAAGUCCCGGUGGUAGGGCCAGCUUCACUCGCAGACUACCAGAAGUACAUGAAAGGCGUCGAUCAGCUUGAUCAAAUGGUUGGCUACUAUGGAUUCCAGCAUCGAUCGAAGAAAUGGUGGAGGAGGGUGUUUUUCUUUUUCUUGGCUGUGUCCUGCCACAAUGCCUACAUUGCUGCAAGGUCUGUUGGAGGAACAACCUUCAGAAACAAGUACAGAGGCUACAAAAGCUGGCUGGAGGACCUGGCAGAGCAGCUCAUCACACCACUCAGAACAAGGGCUGUGAACCCCCCCGAUGGUACGAGUACUUUAGUGUACUAUAGUGUUGGCUACCUGGCUACCGUAUAUAUUUACAUCACCUACACUUCAUAA